CCCGGAUCACAGGGAGGAGUGACAUCGAGCCGACUGAUGCUGUUUGGUUGUGCUGGAGCCAAGCCCGCCAGUCGCCAGUCGUGCUUUCUGGGGUUGUGUCUCCUGCUGCAGUGAUUCUGGCAAGAGCGCGCGUUACGCGCUGUGCGACUAGUGGUGUUUCUGUGCUGUGUAUAUAGGAAUGCGUGACUCGAGACGCGGGGUGUGCCACUUCCGGCAUGAAGCCUGCCGAUGUGACGAAGAUGACAAUAGUGACGACUGCGAAUUUUCUGGUCUGGAGAGGCUGCUGAUUAUUCACAUCGUCCAUUGUGGUACUCAUGUCGCCGAUGCUGUGGUGUGCAUCACCACCUUGACGAGCGGUGUAGGCAGUAGCUGUGGAAGCUAGCCUUUCAUAAUGCAUUGAUUUAACGACAAUCGUUCGCGUCGACCUUGAUGACAUCAGCACGCUGUAAACAAGUGGGGUGCUGUGAAUGAGGUCAGUGCCGCCUUGGUUUUUUGUGUGGGUCAAGGGAGUGUCUGGUGCGACGAACUCUGUGUUCGGCAAUCGGCCUGAUGGUAUUCAAAGCUUCAUGUUUCAGGGUCGGGUGCUUCUUGCCACUGCCUAGGAACAAGACGUAGGAACAUUACUGUGCCUGGAUGUGUGGAUGGUGUGGGUUUAGUAAAUUAUCGAGCAGCACCUUGAAGUACAGCUACCUUGUUACGACGUCCCCCCCCAGCUAUUUAGUACUAUUUAUCCCUUCCGGAGAAAAUUGGUUAUCUUUAAUCUCCGGCAGUUGACCCCGCUACGAGCUGCAGUCGGGGAGAUUUCUUGUGUCUUACCUGCUAACCGAGGAUGAGCGGAAUCGACAUCGAGUCGAAUGUUGUAUUGUGUGUGUGAAAACGGUGGAAUCACGCCCACCAGUUGCUGUCCCCGACGACGCCGACCCGAUUGAUGAGAUGCGUCUCUCAAACGCAUAACCGGCUCAAUGUUUAAUUCGUAUUGCGUGCCCUGAGUUUGACAGAUGGAGUGGGUCCAAUGAGUCGUUGACCAUUCUAAAUCGUGGAUGAUGUCGAGAUGAUGAGGACAGUAGUGUUUUGAGGACCGGGGUUUGGUGUCGCGGUACCUCGAUUCGCUGUAUGGAAGGCGGGAUUUUGUCGGCGGUACGGCGGUACAUAUGAGGACCUCGACGUUGGAGGAGUUGUCAGCAGUAGCUGUGUGUUGGGACAGUGCCACUUUGUUGGUACUUGUGGGUGAGUCGAGCGCCGGCGAGGAGGGACUCUGUGUUAGGUCACGGGCCGACGCCAGAUGUGUGACUUUCUGUGGUUUCGGUCGCGUGUUGCGUGUUGCUGUGUAGAAGCGAAGAGAAACGAUUGUAAGGACAGUAUCCCGUCAGGACGUGUGGCAGAUGUGUUGGCACGCAUGGCGGGAAGCGGGGCAGUUUGCUUUACUGUGUGUGCGUCGUUUUCCGUCACUGGCGUUUGUUGGCCAACCGCGACUGGCGACAGUUGGAGUCUACUAACACUGGAUCAAGAGGACUGAUGUCGAGUAGAUUGUCAAUGUUUGGUUUUGCAGGGUGUGAAGCCAAACCCGCCAGUGGUGCGCUCCAUCGUUUUCGCUAUGGUGGCUCUGUAAAAAACGUCUGUAACGGUCUGCCCUACCAGUGCUUCUGCGCGUGCUGACUGUACAGGGCUGAGUGGGGCGAGGUGCGUGGUGUGCAUUUUCAGGAUUGAUGGAGGUCCAUGUGAAGCAUGUGGCAACGAUUCAGACAUUGCCAUUAGUUGCGCCUGCAGGUGAUCACACUGAGCAAUCAUUCACCCGUGUCGGCGAUACUGCAAUGUGCAUCACCAUCUCGAGGUGGUGUUCAAGCAGGAGUUGUGGCCGAUAGAGUUUCAUAGUGGAGCACCUCAAUAGCAAUGGUUCACAGCGCAUUUGAUGACUGCACCACGCCGACAUGGAACGCGUAGCCAUGUAUCAGGACACCGCCACCUUGUUGGUAUAUGUAUGUCAAGCCAGUACCAGCGGCGACGAACAAUGGGAUGCAAACUCAGCGCUCAUCACAUUCGCUGCAUCCCUUCUGAUGCUCAGGCAUUGCCCUUCGCUGUUUAGAAUCAUCAAGUAGGAACAUUACUCCGUGUGUUCUAUAGAGGUUGUGCGUGCAUGGUUGCACUGGCUGAGCCAUGACACGGCAGGGGACGCCUCAGUGAACGGUUCCUCCCAACGUCCCCGUGAUCGGUGUGAGGAUCUCGCGUCUUACAAAGGCCCACGAAUGAGGGAACCCUGUGGGCGCCCAUCACCAAUGUAGUACUGGGGCACACUGACAAAACGUCUACGCCCGC